UUCGGACAUCAGAGAGAUCUCGCUUGAAAAUCGCCUAACCCCCAAAAAUUCACUACUAUAAUAUAUAAGAAAAAUUCAAUGUACGUAACAGAAGCGAUUUCGUGGAUUUUGAGCAGCCUCGACAAGUGCGCGCUGAUGAAAGUUCUAUUCUGGAUUUACUUGGCUUAUGAGUUGCAACAGCAGCAGCAGAACCUGUCGUUAACCUCCUCCUCUCCGGCUCCUAGUAUAACCAGCGACGAAAUCGUACGCUAAAGACGCGCUUUUUCACGAAAAUGGCCAGCGGGAGGGAGGAGUGCUUUUGGCGCGCCAAACUGAGGGUAAUGAACGAGCGCUUCAAGAGUCGACUCGACGAGAACGUGUUCGAAGGGGUUCGCGAGCCGGAGAUUCAUCACGGGCUGAGACCAGCUGCUUCCACGCUGUUGCACGGAGUCUUUACGGAUAUGUGCUUCUGCGACGAGACCCAAGAGUACCUCCUUCUGGAUCGCGGCGUCGAGAUUCAGCGCUACUCGAUGCAGGGCAAAUUGCUGCGGCCGUCUUUUAGCCUCGAGCCGACCCAGACCUUCAGCCGCGUGCAGUGGUUCCCCGCGUCAAGGCCAUCGUCUCGGGGCUGCCUCGUCUGUCACGAGCCAGAAGCCGAGAACAUCUGGAUUCUCGGACGCUCCGGCGACGAGCUUCAGUGUCUCAAGAACGAGUUUUACACAAAGGCUCUCUAUCACGAGCCAAGCCGCAACGAGCUCGUCGUCGUCGGAAGCCACCAGACGACUAAAUACUCGCUCGAUGACAAAGAGCAGACGGAGCGGGAGUUGGAAUCGUCAAAAGCUCUGGCUUACAGCGACCCUGAAUUCGGACCAACCUGGCAGCUCGACUGUUCCGCGCUGAUACCCCAAACUGCAUUACCUGCACGACUUGUGGCUUCUUACUUGACGACGCUUUACUUGAUGCCGCUCGAAGUUGACGCCGAUAGCGUAUCCGAGGGUCCGGUGGAAUUCCUCGGGAAAAGAUCUAACGCCUCCAAAGCUCCCAUAAGCGCCAUUCACUUUCACGCGUCCACCUCGUGGAUCAUUCUCGGAGACCAGCUGGGGAACGUCGUGGCAUGGAAUUUGAAGUUCGAAUGCGUGAUGUCCCACACCGGAGCUCACUCGAGCAAGUUGACGCUGAUCGUGUCGCAUCCGUCGAUCUGUGGUUUCCUCAGCUGCGGACUACUAGGUGACAAGCUUCAAGUCUGGAGCUGCAAUUUUCGAGACAAAAUCGAGUCGUUUGAUCAACUCGGAGUCGUAAAGGCGAUAACUGUCAACGAGAAAGCGGCGACUGUCGUUACGCUGGGGACGGGGCUCGAUUACUUGACGAUGCGCCAGGUUUACUGUUUCUUCGCGCCUCUCACCUCCAAGGCGAGGAGUUUGAUGUCAACGAGUUGCCCGAUGUAUCCGACUAGAGUAAUAGCUGCGAGUGAAGAUAACAGCGUGAGAAUGUUCUCCUCUUGUGGAAAGCAGUUGAAUUUGCAGAUUUUGCCGGAAGACGAUUUGCAUGUCGUGGCUGCGGUGCUUAGCGGCGACAGGAAACAGCUGUUUACCAUUAUACUGAAAACUGGUGAAAUCCUCGUGAGCGACGCCAGCGUUUGUCCGAUGAAAUUCAGAAAGGUAUUCGUGAACGACGCAUCCAAGGUAACGUGCAUCACAGUUUACGAGCACUUUGACGAGAUUCGCGACAGCGAUGGCCAUCCAAAAAAACCGCGAAUUUUCUAUCCCAUUUCAAUACUGGUAAUCGCAGGGACGGAAGAAGGAAACCUCAUUGUUUUAAACCCCGACACUGGAAAGCCGGAAUACGUUUCUCCAGCUCAUACAGCAUCAGUGGUACAAUUAAAAUCAUCCGUUUACUCCAAACGUGUGAUUUCGUUGGGAAGCGAGAGAUGUGUCAAGGUCUGGAGGAUUUUCGCCGAUUUAGCGAAGCCAUUGGCUUUGUACUACGUACUUCAUUUCGUUGUGCCUAUAACUCAUGUAUCCUUCAUGGGAAAAAUAUUGUGCAUGGCGAAUAGUUCUGAGAAUAGUCAAGUACACCAGGUCCUUAUGGAAGAUACGGCCGACAGAAUUCGGCUGGAGCACCACAGUUCGAAGGAUCACACCGCUACAAUAAUGGAUAUGAUCACAUCUGAAACUUUAGGACUUUGCGCAACGUCUUCUCGUGAUAAUACCGUUAGAAUUUGGGAUGAAGAAAAUUGUCUUAUUAAAAUCCUAGUGAUAAAUACUUGUGCUUUGCACAUAACAUUUUCUUCUGUCAUAGGCGACAUAGUCUUUAGUGCUGGAAGACAUCUUUACAAAAUCCCACAUGAAAAUUACUUGCCGCCAAAAUAUCGUGCGAAAGUAGUGGCGAACGAUUUACUCGAAGAGAAAGACGAGGACACGAUUUUGGAAGAUUCGGAGUACAAACUUUACGACGAUAUUGUCGAUAGAAACUCUAUGCUUCGCCCAGUCAGUAGCAUACCUUUGGCUUCUAUCGACAUCAGAAACGCGGAUAAUCCAAGAGUGGACCUCUUGAUUCAAAAGCAAAUUUGUGCACUUUAUCAAGAACGAGACGAAGACAUAAAACGAAUAAAAGAUCGUCUUAUCGCACCAACAAAAAUAGUCGAAGAUAGAGCGCUCAUGACCAAGGAAACUUGGGAUAAGUACGUCAACGAUUUGUUGAGUAGUAUGACACGUCCGCCGGCGGAAAAACCCGACUACGAUUUUCAAAACAUCCAGGAAUCAAAGUUAGCGGAAGUGAAAACUUACAACGAACGUGGUGUUUUUCAAAUGCUGUUUGGCUACAGCGUUGAUGAAAUAGACGACACCGAGAACUUGGCAGAAUUAAUCAGAGACUCGAAACUCCCGCUCAACGGCUUCUUACCUAAUUCGAUCUUGUACAAAACUAAGGAAUUAGUAGAGCCACUAACUGAAUCUGUAGAAUCACUUGUGAAAGAACCCGUUAAAUAUCGAUAUCCGGCUAAAUUUUACAUGGAUGAAGAUGAGGAGCCUACAGAAGCCAGAGAAUCCAUUAGACUUUCGCAGCUGAUGGCAGUGGAUGACUUGAAAAAUGAAAAAGAAGAAGAAUAAUCAUGAAAUAGUUAUUGAUUUUAGAAAUUUUUAAUUAUAAAAUAUUUGAUCGAUAAUAUGUACAAAAACCAUCUCUUUAAACCUUAAAAGUCUUCAUAUAACAAUUAAAAAUUAUGUACAAGUCUUGUAAAAAAAAAUCAAACAAUGAUGCAUCAUU